AAUCCACAUUUUGAAAUGUUUCCGCUCUGGGUGGAUUAUCGCUUCAUGGGAAACCAGAGUCUAAACCGAACCAAAGCCAACUGAAUUGAACAGGACUAAACUCACGCUUUCAGGAUUUUAAAGCAAAAACUAUAAUACAGAGAUUUUAAUUAUCGCUCUUCACUUUCUGACCUAAAGAGUGGGACAAAAGCGCAGACGUUCGUCGAACGAAACGAAGGGAAGUUGUAGGAAAACGUUCUGCUGAAGCUGACAUGGCUUCACAAAACCAGAGUGGAGUGAAGCGAGAUGAGAAGGGACGGAACAUCCAGGUGGUCGUCAGAUGCAGACCUUUUAACACUGUAGAGCGCAAGUCCUCUCAUGGCGUUGUGGACUGUGAUCAUAACAGAAAGGAGGUGUUGGUGAGGACAGGUGGGCUGAACGACAAGGCAUCAAGAAAGACUUACACUUUUGACAUGGUCUUUGGUCCAGCAGCCAAGCAGAUUGAAGUGUACAGGAGUGUCGUGUGUCCCAUCUUGGACGAAGUCAUAAUGGGCUACAACUGCACCGUGUUUGCUUAUGGUCAAACAGGAACAGGAAAGACAUUCACCAUGGAGGGUGAGAGAAGUCCAGACGAGCAGUUCACAUGGGAGGAGGACCCUCUGGCUGGGAUCAUCCCUAGGACUCUGCACCAGAUUUUUGAGAAACUCACUGAGAAUGGCACAGAGUUCUCUGUCAAAGUUUCUCUGCUGGAGAUCUACAACGAGGAGCUGUUUGAUCUGCUGAGUCCCUCUGAGGACGUAACGGAGAGACUGCAACUGUUCGACGAUCCAAGAAACAAGCGUGGUGGUGUGGUGGUAAAGGGUCUAGAGGAGGUCACAGUUCAUAACAAGGAUGAAGUAUAUCAGAUCCUGGAGAGAGGAUCAGCCAAGAGGAGAACGGCGUCUACCCUCAUGAACUCCUACUCCAGUCGCUCGCACUCCGUCUUUUCUGUUACCAUCCACAUGAAGGAGAUGACACUGGAUGGGGAGGAGCUGGUGAAGAUAGGCAAACUCAACCUGGUGGAUCUUGCUGGCAGCGAAAACAUAGGACGCUCAGGCGCAGUGGACAAGAGAGCUCGCGAGGCAGGAAACAUCAACCAGUCUCUGCUGACCCUCGGCAGAGUGAUCACCGCUCUGGUAGAGAAGAGACCGCACGUGCCCUACAGAGAGUCCAAGCUGACACGAAUCCUGCAGGACUCGCUGGGAGGACGGACAAGGACGUCCAUCAUCGCCACUGUGUCGCCUUCCUCGAGUAACGUAGAGGAAACAUUGAGCACGUUGGAGUACGCCAGCAGGGCCAAGAACAUCAUGAACAAACCUGAGGUCAACCAGAAACUCACCAAGAGAACGCUCAUCAAGGAAUACACCGAGGAGAUUGAACGUCUGAAGAGAGACCUGGCUGCCACCCGUGAUAAGAACGGAGUUUACCUGUCGUCAGAAAACUACGAGUCUAUGAAGAGUCACAUCACAAACCACGAGGAACAGAUAGAUAAGUACACGGAGAGCAUCGCCGCCAUGGAGGAGGAACUGAAGAAGAUCACUGAACUUUUCACAGACAGUAAAACCAGAUUGGAGCAGUGCACCAGCGACCUGGACCACACGCAGCACAGACUGGAGGAGACAAGUCGUGAUCUCCACGUGACCAGAGAGAAGCUAAGCGAGGAGGAGUUUAUUUGCUCCGAGCUCAGCUCGGUCCAGGAGAUUCUCUACAGCACCGCUGGACAGCUGCUGACAACAGUAGAAGCCAGCACCAGUGACGUGUCGGGUCUCCAUGACAAACUGGACAGAAAGACAAAGGUGGAGCAGCAUAACUGGCAGAUUCAGCAGAGUUUUGCAGAGUAUAUGGAUGGAGCCUUCAGCAACAUGCAGUGUUCCAUUGAGCAGCAUGGGAUGAGGCACCACCACAUGUUAAACAACUACUCAGAGGCCAUCGAUAAUUUGUUGGUAAUGAACCAAAAGGCGCUGACGGGAUCUCUGACCAACGUGGAGUCAUUUGUGGGUGAUGUGGGGAAGCUAAUGGCUGAUGGCAUGGCUCGCUUUAAAGAGAGAGUGAAGCAACAGGAAACCACGUCUCAGCAAAACAAAGAGAGUCUGUUACUGCUGCUGGAAGAGCAUCAGCAAGAUUUAGAAGAGGUUCUAGUUGGUCGCACUCUGAUGGGCUUGUCGGCUGUAAAGGACCUCGGCAACACUCUGAAAGCAUCGAUAGAGACGCAAAGGGCUCUGGCCAGCAAGGUGGAAGCUCUGAAAGACACAAGCACAUUUUUUAGUGGAAUGGUUCAAGAACUGUCUGUGCUUCGGAAGGCCACAGUGAAGGGCUUUGAUGAACUGCAGCGAGACAAUGACAAAUUGGAGGGUGAGAUUCGACAGGCGCAGGAGAGGCACCAGAAAGGUAUGAAGCAGACACUCCAGUGCCUUCAAGAUCAGCUCAACCUCUUCACCAUGGAGACACAGAAGGACUACAGUAAUCUGUGCUCGGCAUCCAAGGCCCUACGAACACCUCUCCAGAAUCUCCAGCACACUGUCAGCAGUGGUUGCACUACGAUUGAGAAUCAGGCCUUGGCUCAGGUAGACCUCCUCUCCUCCAACUGCUCAUCCCUUGCAUCAUCUCUGCAUCUGAACACAGAAGAGAGCCAACAGACGCUAGAAGAAAUGAUGGGCUGCUGCUCACACCUCCACACCUCUGUGUCUGGUCUUGUGGAGCGGGACCUUCGGUGGGGUUCUAAAGUAAAGGAUCACGUGGAGACCCAUGGCCUUGAACAAAGAGCACUUGUCCAGAAGAGUUCGUCAGAUGCUGAAGUGCUGCAACAGAGCAUCCAGACACACUGCACUGAACAGCUGAAAACAACCAAGGAGGCCCUGUUGAGCCAGCUGGAGGAGAUGAAGCAGUCAGCAAAUGUGGUACAGGAAAAAAUCUCAAAGGACCAAACUGCUCUGGAUGAGCAGCGGGUCGAACUGCAGGGACACAUGGAGCGGGGUCAACAGCUGGUUUAUGGGUUCUUGCAGGAGGAGCUGCAGCAGGAUGUUCCUACAGGUGCCACCCCUCAGCGCAGGGAGUUUGUUUAUCCUGGGCAGCUGGUUAAAUCACAGAGCCGCAGUGAACUGCUGGAAAGUUUAAGGAGACAGCAGCAGGAGCUGUCAGCGGCCAUGGACCAGGAGGUGGAAGAGGAGCCUGAGGAGGACAAACAUAGUCAGGUUGAUCACGACUCCCUGGAUGAGGAUGUGAGCACUUGUAAUGAAAGUGUGGCCACAGAACCAUCUUUCAUUGAUGAGAACCUUGUCUUCAACGAAGGCAAAAGAGUUCCCUUCUUCAAGCAGAAGAAAAGCAACAGAAAGGACUCAAAGAUUUCCGGCAAGCUCAAAUCGUCAGAAAAUGAAGCUGCGCCAUCGCCACAGAAAUCCAGAUUGCCACUGCGCUGUGUCAAUUAAUACUUUUGUUUUUAUAUUUUUUUACUGAAAAUAAGUUUGGUGUCUACUUAAUCUUACUUCCUUUAACCCAUUACUGUAGGACCCGUAACUGUUUUUUUGUUGUUCGGUGUUUGCAAUUUUACUUGUUAUGUAAUAUUAAAGAGAAAAAAGAAUUAAA